AUGAAGCCCGCAGAAUCCCAACAAAUCCUCGCCGAACAACGCAAACUACGACCCGUCUCCCCCCAUCUAGCAAUCUACCGCAUGCAAAUAAACUACUUCAACUCUCCCUUCAACCGAAUAACGGGCUCAGUCCUCUCUGGUGCGUUCUACUGCUUCGGCGCGGCGUACCUGGUCUCCCCACUCUUUGGAUGGCAUCUCGACACGGCUACGAUUGUUGCAGCAUUUGGGUCAAUGCCUGUGGCUGCAAAGGUUGCAGCGAAGUUUGCGAUGGCGUUCCCAUUUACCUUUCAUGGUAUCAAUGGCGUGGGACAUCUGUUUUGGGAUACAGGGAGGGGGUUUGCGAGGAAGCAGAUUGUGUCGAGGGGGUGGACUAUUCUUGGGCUGAGUGUUGUGAGUGCAGUCUAUUUGGCGGUUUGGGUAUAG